UUAUUUUUUUUCCAUAUAUACUCACUCAGCCACUCUGUUCCACCUAUCUUGAGAUAUUUUCCUUUUCGAACCGUCUCAUCUAUCUUGAGACAUUUCCUUAUUUGACCAAAAUUUUACUUUUUAUUCACUUUUUCAUCUACUACACUUUAACAUACUAAAUACUAAUUUCUUAAAUCUCGUGCUAAAAGUUGUCUCAAGAUAGAUGAAACGGAUGGAGUAUUAUUUAGUAUUUUGAUUAUAGUAUCUCAAAAUUUAUUAUUGACAUCAUUAAUUUAUUUGAAGUUAUAGAAAAAAAAAUAACAAAUCGAGUUUGGGGUUUAAAAAAAAAUAAUUUCGGAAAAAUACUAUUUUAGAUACAAAUUUAAUAGUUUGAGGUUUAAAAAAAUAUUUUUUAUAGUUUAAAAUAUUUUUAAUAAAACGAGUAUAGUUUGGAAAAUCAAGGCGAUAAUAUAAAAAGAGAGAGAGACCAAAAAAAAAAAAAAAAAAGACCUUCUAAAGCCUUAAGACUUUUUUUUUUCUUUAUGGAAAAUCAAGAAAUUAACCAGAUACAACUGACUUUUUUUUUUCUUUAUGUUUGGGAACCAACACUACGCAAUUAGCAACUGAUUCAGAGCGACAAUGGCGGGAUUUGAUAAUCCAACGGCUAUCACCAGAUACUUCAAAUAUUUUGAUCUCAAUCAUUUUAAUCUUUGUAUUAAAUCCUCGCAAUUUCCUUCUCCAUAAUUUCCUCUGUUAUUCCCCACAGCAUUCUCUCUCUCUCUCACGCACGCACACACUAAGAAGAAGAAGAAGAUCAUCAUCACAUUGUCUGGGGAUUGCUCUGUCAAAAUUUUAGAGGGCUCUUGAUAGGAUGAAUGAUCUCAUGACGAAAUCGUUUCUAAGUUACGCGGAGUUGAAGAAGCAAGCGCAGAGCGACUUAGAAAUGGGGGAAAUCAGCCAAAGCGAUGAAGAAAAUGAAAAUCUCACAAACUUCUUCGACCAAGUCGAACGCAUCAAGAUCGGUAUGCAAGAGAUCACCCAUCUCUUGCUCGAUCUUCAAGCUCUCCACGACGAGACAAAAUCCACUCAUACUGCCAAAAUCCUCCGCGGGCUGAGGGAUCGGAUGGAUUCCGAUGCGGCCGCCGUCCUAGGCAAAACCAAGAUCGUCAAGGCGAGGCUCGAUGAGCUCGACGCAUCCAACGAGGCUGCCUCGGGCAGUGCAGUUGAUCGAAUGAGGAGCUCGACCACGAGCGGAUUGCGAGUGAAGCUUGGUGAGAUCGUGAGCGGCUUCCGAGCUCUGAGGGAGAAGAUCAUUGCGGAUUACAAGGACGGCCUGAGGAGGAGGUGCUACAACGCGACGGGGGAGCACCCGAGCGAGGAGGUGAUCGAGGCGAUGGUGUCGGGGAAGAUCGGAGAAGAGGAGGCGGAGGCAGAGGCAGUGAUGGAUAUUUGGAGGAGUUUGAACAAGCUUCAUGAGGUGUUUCUUGACAUGGCUGUGUUGGUGGAGGGGCAAGGUCACCGGGUUGACGACAUAGAGCGCAACGUCGCCGCCGCGGCCAGCUUCGUCGGCGGCGGAACCGGCAGCCUGUUCUAUGCCAAGCAGAUGAAGAAGGGGAGGGGGAAGUGGAUGUGUUGGCUUUGGGGUGUUGGAUUUGUCAUAAUGUUGGUUUGCUUGGUUGCAAUGUUUACAAAUUAGAGCUUUAAAUAUGAUCCAAGUGUUGGUACUUUUAUAACAUAUUUACAUUUGGUAUGCUCUAUUUAAAGUGAUGAGAUAGUCUAUAGUA